AUGAGUAGUUAUAGUAAUAGUAAUAGUAUUAGUAGUAACAUUAAUAAUAAUAAUAAUAAUAAUAAUAAUAAUAAUAAUAAUAAUAAUAAUAAUAAUAAUAAUAAUAUAAAAAGUCCAAGUACAUGUAAUAGUAGUAGUAGAAAUAGUAAUAGUAGUAAUAUAAGUAUAAGGAGAAGAAAAAAAAUUAGAUAUGAAUUAGCAGCUCCAUUUUAUAAGUAUGCUAGCUUAAUAAGGUAUGGUUCUAAUAAUAAUGAUGAAUAUAAUGACUAUGGAAAAAGACAUACAAUACACCAUAUUUAUCAAAGUCAACACCAUCAACACCAUCAACAUCAUCCACACCACCCACACCAUCAACAUCAUCAACAUCUUGAACAUCAUCAACAUCAACAAAAUCAACAUCAUAAUGAUGGUAUUGAAAAUGAUGAAAUAGAUUUAGAAAUACCCAUAAACUAUGAUAUUGAAUCAAAUAUUAGUAAUAAUAGUAGAAGUGAUAGAAGUGGUAGUAGUGGUAAUAGUGUCAAUAAUAAUAAUAAUAAUACAAGUAGUACUUUAAUAUCUCCAAAGUCAUUUAAAGAUGAUGAAUAUUAUAAUUAUGAUGACGAUGAUUAUGAGAAUAGUGAAAAAGAUUUAAAAUCAAAACAAUCAUCAAUUGAUGAAAAAAGUGAAAUAAAUAAAUUAAAAUUUAAAGAUAAAUUAAUAAAUGAAAUUAUAAGAAUAUCAGGAUACAAUGAAUUAUUCGAUAGUAAAUUAUACAAAGCAUCAGUUACAGAAAUGAUUGGUAGUGCUUUAUUUUUAUUUAUGUCAAUUGGUAUUUUCAUUUCGUCUGUAAAUUAUUUUGAUUAUUCAUAUAUAUCAAAUCUUAAUGAUUUUAAUGGUGAAACAUUGGUAAAUUCUGUACCAAAUUAUAGAGUGCCUGCAACUUCUGCUGUUUUACAUGUACCAUUAUUAUACUUAUUAAUUUUAACUUGUGCCCCUGUUAGUGGUGGUCAUUUAAAUCCGUCAAUUACAAUUGCAACUUUCUUUUCAGGUUAUACAUCCUUGGGGUGUAAUAAAAAAAAAGUUAUAAGAUGUUUAUUUUAUAUUAUUUUUCAAAUUACAGGUGGUAUAAUUGGAUCAGCGAUUAUUAGAGGUAUAAUUCCAUUCGAAGUUAUGAAAAGGACAAAUUUAGGUAUGUGUACAUAUGGUGGUGAUAUAAGUAGUGGUGGAGCACUUGGUAUGGAAUUCAUGUUUUCAAUGUUAAAUUUGUAUAUUGCUUUUGGAACUGCCCUGGAUAGAAGACAAACUCCAAUAAUUGGUGGAGCAGUUGGUGCAUUUUUCAUAUCAAUUACAUUAGGUUUCUCAAUUAUUGCAUCAUCUGGUAUUUCACCAAAUUAUAUAUUUGGAUUUAAUAUGGCUAGAUGUUUAUGUCCGGCAAUUGUAACUGGAAUAUUUAAUAAAAUUUGGCCAUAUAUGGUUGGUCCGAUUAUUGCUUGUAUAACAAUUGGAACUUAUAUUCAUUUCGUUCCACCUUUUCAAGCUUUUGAAUGUUCAAAUUAUAAUUUAGAAAGAGUUUCAAUUAAAAGAAAAAUUAGAAAUAAAUAA